UUCUAAUUUACUAGUAGACGCCAUGUUGAAAGUUGAUUGACUUGUGGGGUUUGCCAAGUUGCCUACACCUCCCAAGUCCCAAUAGGCAAUAGACUCACUAAAACGUUACCAAUAAAUAGGGACACAUUUUUCCUCUACGUUUUCCUCCAUUCACCGAAAUCUCUCAAAAAACACAACAAACAACAACAGAUAGUGCCAAAUUUGCCAAUCAAAAAAUAACAUGAGCAAUUUUGAUUCUUCCCAACAUCAUCAUCAUCAACAAUGCUUGGAAAUGAAUACUCCCAUGGAGUUACACCAGGUUGUUCCACCGCCUUACACCAGCUCCCUCCACAAACUCAAGAACAGGCUCAAAGAAACAUUCUUCCCUGAUGACCCUUUCCGCCAAUUCAAAGGCAAACCACCAAACACCAAGUUCUCACUUGCUAUUCAGUACAUCUUCCCUAUCUUCCAAUGGGGUCCUAACUAUAGCUUUCAGCUCUUCAAAUCCGAUAUAGUCUCCGGUCUCACCAUUGCCAGCUUAGCCAUUCCUCAGGGAAUCAGCUAUGCCAAGUUGGCUAACUUACCUCCAAUCAUCGGCCUCUAUUCGAGUUUUGUUCCUCCGUUAAUAUAUGCUGUGUUGGGGAGCUCAAGAGAUCUAGCAGUUGGACCAGUUUCGAUUGCUUCACUGAUUAUGGGCUCAAUGCUGAGACAAGAAGUUAAUCCGGCUAAAGAUCCUAUCUUGUUUCUUCAACUUGCUCUUACUUCAACUUUCUUUGCUGGUCUUAUCCAGUCUUCUCUUGGCAUACUGCGAUUGGGAUUCAUUAUUGACUUCCUGUCCAAGGCCACACUGAUUGGAUUCAUGGCUGGUGCGGCUAUUAUUGUUUCCCUGCAACAAUUAAAGAGUCUUCUUGGUAUUACACAUUUCACAAAACAAAUGGGCUUAGUUCCUGUUUUGAGCUCGGUUUUCCAUGAGACCAGAGAGUGGUCAUGGCAAACAAUCUUAAUGGGCGUCUGCUUCCUGGUUUUCCUUCUCCUGACCAGACAUAUUAGUAUUAAAAAGCCAAGGGUAUUUUGGGUGUCAGCUGGAGCACCUCUUGUCUCAGUUAUACUUGCAACUCUCAUAGUGUUUUUAGUGAAAGCUGAAAAUCAUGGCAUCAGUGUUAUUGGGAAAUUGCCAGUGGGGCUAAAUCCUCUUUCGUGGAACAUGUUGCGUUUUAAUGGAAGUCACUUGGGAUUGGUAAUGAAAACUGGAUUGAUUACUGGCAUUAUUUCACUUACUGAAGGCAUUGCAGUUGGAAGAACUUUUGCAGCUUUAAAGAACUAUCAAGUCGAUGGAAACAAGGAGAUGAUUGCAAUUGGCCUAAUGAACAUCGUCGGCUCUUGUACAUCGUGCUAUGUCACAACAGGCGCUUUCUCCAGGUCUGCAGUGAAUCACAAUGCUGGCUGUAAAACAGCAGUUUCCAACAUUGUAAUGGCCAUAACUGUCAUGGUCACUCUCAUGUUACUAAUGCCUCUUUUCCAAUACACUCCAAAUGUUGUAUUGGGAGCGAUUAUCGUGACUGCAGUUGUUGGCCUGAUCGAUAUCCCUGCUGCUUAUCAAAUUUGGAAGAUUGACAAAUUUGAUUUCAUCGUACUUCUUUGCGCUUUCUUGGGAGUUCUGUUUAUCUCUGUUCAGGGCGGUCUCGCUAUUGCAGUAGGGAUAUCUAUUUUCAAGGUCUUGCUGCAAAUCACCAGGCCUAAAACUGUGAUGUUGGGGAAUAUUCCAAGAACAGAUAUUUACCGUAGUAUUCACCAGUACAAGGAUGCUGUCAAAGUGCCUGGAUUUCUCAUCUUAAGCGUCGAAGCUCCCAUUAACUUCGCCAACACAACCUACCUCAAGGAAAGGUACUUAGCCACUUUCUUUCAAGAUUUGAUGACACUUGAUACGUCGAGUUUUAGAAACUAUAAUCAUCCUUAUUAUUGUUGAAAGGAUCUUGAGAUGGAUCGAAGAGUAUGCUGAACAAGAGGAAACUAAGAACGAGUGUGGACUCAAGUUUCUGCUCAUUGAUUUGUCUGGUAAGUCAUAUGAUGAAAUUGACUGAAUUUCAUCAGUCACCACUCAAUAUUAUUCAUACUCAAAACUCUGCCUCAGUUAUAGAAUACACAAGAAAUAUAAGAGGCUUAUCGGCACAAAAUGUAAUAAUGCAGAACAACAAAUUCAAAGAUUGCUGACCAUUACUUGUCUUUGACCUUCAUUUUCAGCUGUGAGUGCCAUUGAUACAAGUGGAGUUGCAUUCUUCACGGAUUUAAGACUUCUGCUAGACAAGAAGGGUAUUCAGGUAAGUGCCGAAUUUCGUUUUCUGCACCGUCAUUUUCAUACUGCAUUGUACACAUCAUUAGUAAAGAAUCAUAUAUCAAACCCAACAUUGACAAAAAUACAAUGAAAUUACCAAUCAAGGGUCAAUAAUAUUUUCAUCAAUGCAACAUCAUAAGUCAUUUCUGCAAAAAUGUCAUGGAUUCUGAAAAUGAGUUUUCUGGCAUCACAGCUUGUGUUGGUCAAUCCCAUUGGUGAAGUGAUGGAGAAAAUGCAACGAGCCGAGGACGGAGAAGAACUUGCAAGACCUGAUAGCCUGUUCUUGACAGUUGGGGAAGCUGUAGUUUCACUCUCAUCAUCAAUCAAGAGCAAACCAUCAGAUCUCGUGUGAUGAUUUUGGGGAGGAUUUUAUAAGCCCUGCAUCACCUUCUUUCAGUUCCUCUGCAUUCCAAAAUCAUUCUCAGAAAAAUUGAUCAAUAAAAUUUUGUUAACCAAGCUACUUUAGAAGCAGAAGAACACAUCCAUUUGAUCAACCAGUGCUAGUCUGUUAAAACUCCACUCGACUCGGAAUGAACUCUUUGUAUAUAUAAGGCAUUCAAAGUGGCUUAUUCUGGAGCUCCUAUUUUCAUUUUUCUCCUCUGUAGUUUAUUGUGCUGUGUAAUGCUUUGUUCCAUCCUAGAGAAUUUUUGUUAAAAAGAGGUUUGCUUCUUUUUUCCCAUUUACGUACAACCAUUUCUUAAACUUCUUGGGUUGGAAAAACAAUUUUU